AAAUUGUACACGGCCAAUCUUAUGUACAUUUUUAAAAGUCAAUAUGUCCACGAAAUUAUUAAAGUCUUUCUCAGAGAUACCAGGACCCAGGGGAUUACCUUUUAUAGGCAGCCUACUAGAUUAUACUAGAUUUGGAAAAUAUUCAUUCGAUAGGAUUUACGAAGCUUUCGAGCAGAGAUCGAAGAUUUAUGGUAAAAUUUAUAAAGAGAAACUGGGUCCUAUUACUUUCGUUCACGUUUCCGAUCCUAAAGAGAUAUUGAAAAUUUUGCAAAAUGAACCAGAAUAUCCUAAUAGGCUUAGACCGCCUAUUUUAGAAGCACUCUGUAAAUUUGACAAUUAUCCUGCUGGAUUUUUAGGCAACGGACAAGAAUGGUGGAAUUAUAGACAACCAGUUCAAAAAAUAUUGACGAACCCUUCCGCCGGUUCGGCCUACUUAUCGGCGCAGAGUAAGGUCGCGGAUGAUCUAGUUGAAUAUAUUAAUGAAAUUUCUAAAGAGGACGGCAAAGUACCAAACACAUUAAUAACUUUAAUGAAGUAUACAAUGGAGUCAAUAGGUAUAGUUGCAUUUGAUUCUAGGAUUGGUGUAUUCGAGGAUGGCGACAUUCGAGUAGACGCUGAACACUUAUUAACUCUACUUAUGAGUUUUUUUGACAUGUUUAACAAAUCUCUGUACAUGUUUCCUCUAUUUUUGUACUAUAGAACGCCAUUUUAUAAAGAAGUCAGUAGGAUUUCUAAAGAUUUAAUCGAUAUUAUGGCCAAACUUAUAAAAGAAAGGAAGAAAAUUGACAGUACUAUAAUACAAGAUACUUUAACGAGUGCCGGUUGGACGGAAACGGAUAAACUUUUCCUGGCGAAUUCUUUGUUUAGUGCCGGAGCAGAUUCAACCGGUAAUGCCCUCUGUUUUUUCUUGUAUAAUUUAGCUAAAAACCCUGAAAAACAAGAAAAACUAUCGAAGGAAAUAGAACAAACAUUUUCGAAUGACGAAGAAAUUACCAUAGAAAAAUUGGAACAGUUAAGUUAUCUUAAAGCUUGUCUAAGAGAAAGUUUUAGGAUCAAUCAUCCAGUGAUAGCGGGACCAUCUAGAGUUGUUCAAAAGCGUCUAGUGAUAAGCGAUUACGAGAUACCGCCGGGAACAGUUGUAUGGAUGAAUUGCGAAACUGUUUGUAAAUCGGCCGAAUAUUUUACAAAUCCAAAAGAUUUCGAACCGGAAAGGUGGCUAAUUAAAGAAGAUGGAAGAAGAGCGGGAAUUCCGGUAGGUUGUCUCCUUCCCUUUGGCUACGGAAGGAGGAUGUGUAUAGGAAGAAGAUUCGCCGAACAGGUGAUUUACUUAGCCGCUAUAAAACUUCUGAAGGCUUAUUCUAUUAGAGAAAGUGGCGAAGAACAUCUCGGAAUGAUAAAAAGAACAUUUACUGCUCCAGAUAGAAUCGUAAAUUUUCAAUUUAUUAGAAAACAAUAACAUCAAUAUAUUACUAGAUAAAUUAUCAAUUCAAUACAAACAAAUCGUAAAUAAACAAACAAUAUAAUAAAAUAUUCCAGUUAACUUUUUACUAAUAAUGAGUUUAAUGAAGAAGAGACAGAGAGAGAGAGAGAGAGAGAGAGGGGAAAACGUUAAAAGUAAUUGAAUUGUAUGACGAUAUGGUUCGUUUAAUAAACAUUUCUAUCAUUUUUAUAGAUUAAUUAUCAUCAUAUUCUACCCUUAAAUGUCACAUCAAUUGUAAAAUAUUAAUAUUUA